AUGUCGACGUGUGGAUUGAAACUCUCAACAUUAUUGCGAGGUUCUAGAUCAAAUGUUCUCGGUAUAGGCACUGAUAUAGUGCAUCUUCCAAGAUUUGCCAAAUUGAUGGCUCGAGACGCAUCCAUCAAGGACAUGCGUACAAAUGAACGUGUUUUAAGUAAAUUCAUGCACACUGUUGAACUUUCGAAACUGCAGCGUAUGCGUGAGGAAAGAUAUCAGGAAAAGGCGCUGGUUCAAUUUGUCGCUGGCGUUUGGGCCACUAAAGAAGCCGUCUACAAAAGUCUAUCUUCACGGUUGGAUCACGACAAGACGGCUUUGCCACCUGCGAAGUACAUUUACACACAGCUGUGUUACAAGACUAACGAUUCAAAUGGGUCUCCGAAAGUAGUGAUCGAUCCAAAGCUGGCCAAUGUCUAUCCAAAUUUUAAACAAGACUUCAUUGAAAAAACUGAAUUUCUUUUGAGUCUUUCUCAUGACGAUAGUUACCUUGUAAGCUUUGUUUGUCAUGUCAGCGUCUGA